ACAGAACCGUGGAUUGAAUUCCUAUGAUUCAAUCCCAACUGAAGACACAAAAACAAACAAAAAAGAGGGAAGAAAAAAAAAAACAAAAGAAAAGGAAGUUCAAAACAAUAAAUAAUAAUAAAAAAGAAUCUUGCACAAAAACAAUGAAAAAAGAAGAUAGUGAUUAUUGUUUCCAACUAAUUAGCCUUUUGUUACACCAUUGUUUCUUAGAAAAUCUAAACACAAGAAUCCCUUCUACAAAACCACAUAGGGAUCAAAAGGAAUUGAGAGGGUAAUUAUCAUUUCAUUUUCUUUAAGGUUUCCUCCUUUAUGGGUUUGUAGCAAAAAAAAAAAAAUAUGUAAUUUCUUUUUAUACGCAUAUAUAUUUUAUCCGUAGUCUGGUUACUAAAAUUUUCUGAAUCCGUCGCUAAAAAAAAGGUAAUGGUGAAUAGUAGAAAAAUGUGUUCAUUCAAAGUGGAUACCUUUAAGCGAAUGAGCAAAGAGUUUAAUGAUAUUGUGAAGACAUGGGAAGCAACAGUUCGAAAAACUACGAGUUCAAAAAAGAAGAGAGGGAACAUUAUUUUUGGACCGAAAAGCGUGGCCCAUGCAGACGAUGAGGACCACCACCACCACCAUGACGAUGACAACAACGACGACGAUAGUGAUCAUAUUAGUUCUACAUCGUCAGAGGUUUGCCAUGUUGACAAGAUCCUCCCCAAUGGUGACAUGUAUACCGGCGAUCGGCUCGACCAGCUCCCCCAUGGCUAUGGCAAAUACUUAUGGACAGAUGGGUGCAUGUAUGUUGGUGAAUGGUGCAAAGGUAACAUCAUGGGACAAGGGAGGUUUAGUUGGCCUAAUGGCGCCAGAUACGACGGCGAUUUCAAGUGCAGUUUCAUGGAUGGAGAAGGUACUUAUGUAGCUUCAAAUGGAGAUACCUAUAAGGGUUCUUGGGUGAUGGAUUUCCGGCAUGGGAAUGGAAGCGAGAGCUAUUCCAACGGGGAUUCUUACGACGGCGAAUGGAAGAAGGGACUGAAACAUGGUUAUGGAAAGUACCAUUGGAAAAAUGGGAACUUUUAUGAUGGGCAAUGGAAGAAUGGAUUGUUUAGUGAAGAAGGAACAAUGACAUUCAACAACGGCGAUAGUUAUGAAGGGUGUUGGGAAGAUGGUUUCCCUAAAGGGAACGGUACGUAUAGAUUCGCGGGCGACGGCGGAAUCUACGUCGGAAUAUGGAGCAAGGAUCCUAAGGAACAAAGUGGGACUUAUCAUCCAAAUGAUGAUGGACCAAAGAUUGAAUUGGAUCCACGUGAAAUGUUAUAUGAAGCAUUAUCAAGUAGUAAGUGUGAGAUUCGUGUUUGUGAAGAGGUUUCAAUUUACCCUUCACAAAAAGCAUUGAAUUUGGGUGGGUUUGAAGAAGAAUAUAAAUGUAAUAAUAAUAAGGGUUUGAGGCCAAGGUGGAUGUCAAUGGAUGCAAGGUUUGAUAAUUGUAGCUUUGAAGAAUGUGAUGAUGGUGGUAGAAAAUCAGAGUUUGGAUUUGAUGCUUUAAGUGAUCACUCUUCUCUUCCUAGUUGGCGUAAAUCAUCAUCACCUUUGUUGAGAAUUAAUGCAACUACAAGACAAGGUGAAACCAUAUCCAAAGGUCACAAAAACUAUGAACUCAUGUUGAACCUUCAGUUAGGUAUCAGGCAUUCUGUUGGAAAACAUGCUCCAAGUGCAUCACUUGAUUUGAAGUCUUCUGCAUUUGAUCCCAAAGAAAAAGUAUGGACUAAAUUUCCACCAAAAGGAUCUAAGCACACACCACCUCAUUCAUCUUGUGAAUUUAGAUGGAAAGAUUAUUGUCCUGUAGUUUUCAGGGCUUUGAGAAAAUUGUUCAGAGUUGAUCCUGCUGAUUACAUGAUAUCAAUUUGUGGGAAUGAUGCUCUUAGGGAGCUCUCUUCUCCCGGAAAAAGUGGAAGUUUCUUUUACUUAACUAAUGAUGAUCGCUAUAUGAUCAAGACAAUGAAAAAAGCAGAAGUAAAAGUUUUUCUUAGAAUGCUACCGGCUUAUUAUAAACAUGUGAGGGGUUUUGAGAACACUCUAAUCACAAAGUUUUAUGGGCUUCAUUGUGUUAAACUAACUGGAACAGGACAUAAGAAGGUUCGAUUUGUCAUAAUGGGAAACCUAUUUUGUUCUGAUUAUGCCAUUCAUCGCCGAUUUGACUUAAAAGGUUCAACCUUUGGCCGUACAACUGAUAAAUCUGAGCAAGAAAUUGACCCAACAACAAUUCUUAAGGAUCUUGACCUCAAUUUUAUAUUUCGCCUACAAAAAUCUUACUUCCAAGAAUUUUGCAGGCAAGUGGAUAAGGAUUGUGAGUUCUUAGAACAAGAAAGAAUCAUGGAUUAUAGUAUGCUGGUUGGUCUUCACUUUAGGGAAACAACAAGUGAUGGCAGUGUCACACCUUCAUCAAGAGCUCUCACCCCAACUCCUCACUUUGACAAUGAUGCCCUUCGCCUAUCUGCUCUUCACAAUGAUAAUCUAAAUGAAGAUCCUAACCGGCCGAUUCAUCUUGGUAUAAAUAUGUCGGCACGAGCCGAAACGACGGCGCGAAGAAGCAGCACAGAUUCCCUUGAGUUGGUGGGAGAACCAACCGGGGAGUUUUAUGAGAUUGUCAUCUUCUUUGGUAUCAUAGAUAUAUUACAAGAAUAUGACAUUAAUAAAAGGCUUGAACAUGCAUAUAAAUCAUUUCAAUAUGAUCCAACUUCAAUAUCUGCGGUUGAUCCAAACUUAUACUCCAAACGCUUUCGUGAUUUCAUUUUCAGAAUUUUUGUGGAAGAUACAUUGUAAUUAAGAGUGUAAUUUUGAUGCAAAAACAUUCAUCUUAUUAGUGAGUGAUUCACACAUAUGUAUUUUCUUAGGUUUUUUACGAUCAGGGAUUAAUCUGUCACGAAUUUGAGCUCCGUUUAAGGGUUUGUCGUUUGCCUAAGCACUAUACAUGUAUUUUCUUAAAUUUGUUCAUUUUUGUAGUCACAAAAGAUGUAUGUUGUAUAGGGUAGACCAAUAAUGUUGUGAUGCCUUUUCUUCUUUUUUUUUUGGUCAGGGUGUUGUGAUGCCUUUCCAAUUGUAAAUAGUAUGACAACAAAAAGGCCCAAAAAGAUAGUAAAAAAAAAUAGAAAUAUUUUUAAGGCCUUUUGGGAA